AUGAUCUCCGAGCCGUCGUUAUUCUACUGGCCCGAAUUUAUUGGAGCCUUGGGAUACAAUGAGCGCUGGCAGAAGAAUCGUCGGCUUAUACAUCCUUGGCUGCACAAAAAAGCGGCCGAGACAUUUCACGAUUCACAGCAAGAACAAGCUAGACUGCUACUCCAGCGGUUAUUAGUGCACAAUGGCAACGUUGACUCGGAAUGGCUAUACGGAGAAUUUUUCUUGACUCUUGCCGGCACUUUGAUGCGUUCUAUUUACGGAUACAAGCUCGAGAACAUGCAAGAUCCAUUCGUUAUCGAAGCCCAGAAGGCUGUUGACCGCAUCUCCCAAGCGGCUAUGCCCACAAACUUUCUCGUCAAUCUCUUUCCGAGCCUCGUAUACGUCCCAGAAUGGUUCCCCGGGGCGGGCUGGAAACGUACCGCGCGCGAAUGGAGAGAACAGCAUCGAAAGGUCGUGCGGGAAGCAUUCGAGUGGACGAAAAAACGAAUUGCUGCAGGAAACCAUGAUCCUUGUCUUAUCGCGUCUCUUCUACCGCACGCCGAGCAGCUCGGGCUUAAACCUGAAGAAGCUGAUGACUAUGUCAGUCAUAUUGCUAUGACACUGUUUGGAGGUGGUACUGAAACGACUGCAAACGUCUUCAUUGUCUUUGUGCUCGCCAUGAUCUUUCAUCCAGAGGCGCAGGAGCGAGCUCAAAAGGAGAUAGAUAAUUUGACUUCAGGAGAUCGACUUCCAACCAUGGAGGACAGAGAUCAAUUACCCUAUACUAACCGUCUUAUUAGGGAAGUACUAAGGUGGCGCCCGGUCGUACCAACCGGUAUACCUCAUGCUUGCUUUCAGGACGAUGUUUAUCAAGGGUAUACUAUUCCCAAGGGCACGAUGGUUAUUGGGAACAUAUGGGCCAUCAGCCGAGAAGAAAAAAUAUAUCCGGAUCCGGAGAGCUUUAGCCCAGACAGAUUCCUGGAUACCUCGGUUCCUGAUUGCCCAGUUUUCGGUUUUGGACGUCGGCAAGUUUUCCACUAUAUCGUUCGAUCGUUUUUACUCUUCGCAUUUCAGGCAUGCCCAGGAAUCCACUUCGCCGAAGCCUCCGUGUUUAUCAUCAUCGCUUCUCUUUUGGCCACUUUUGAAUUUAGCUAG